UUGACCUUACCUUGGAUUGGAGCUUAUUUGCUGAUAUCUCUACCAGACAUGACCUUGACCCUUUCCUUUCUGACGUGUGUCUCGUCAUCAUGGUAUUCUGUGUCAUUGGAACCUUGACUUUUGUGUUGGAGCUCUAUUUAAAGUACAUGGACAUUUCCAAACCAGAGAGUGAUCUUAACCCGGAUGUGUUUUCAGCUGCUACCACGUGGUUAGAGGACAUCCCUAUGAUCGGUUUAGGUGUGUACGUGGCUAUGACCUUGAGGUCGCACCUGUCACUAGUUCUGUAUGUCAAGGCCGUGUAUGCCAUAUUUGAGGCGGUGAUUAGACUAGGGACUUUGUACUGUAGAGGAAACCGCUCAGGUGAUUCUCUGCGGAGUAUGUAUACAAUCUGCACUUCCGGUUGAAAUUGUUGUACGAAAAACAGAAAAGAAAAAGGCGGC